UAGUACGUACUGUACGUAGGAGGGAGGGAUUCAGGAUCAACGCCCGGCAAGGCAAAGCUUUGUCAACGUGCAUCUCUCGAUCUGAGCCGUUGGAAAUGUAAUCGGACGUACGAGAUCGCGCCGGGAUCUCGUAGCGCGGUUGCGAACUUGCGAUGUCAUUUGUGGCAUCCUCCGUUUUUUCUCCUUGUCCGUAAACAAAAGCAAUGGAAAGUCUCCUUUCCAAAUUCCAAUAUUCUGCUUCGCUUGUUUGUUUCUUCCCUCCUUUCCUCUUCUGCUUCUCCUCCUCCUCCCACCGCCGCAUGGUGUGAUCAGCCAAGAAAAACCAUCCAUCCACGCAGCGAUGCUGCCACCGCCGGCCGCCGCGGCCGCCGCGCUCCUGCUGCUCCUGGCGCUCUCCGCCGGGGCCAACGACAUCGCGUCGGACGCCGCGGCGCUGCAGGCGUUCAUCGCGCCGUUCGGGUCGGCGACCGUGUCGUGGAACACGUCCCAGCCGACGUGCUCGUGGACGGGCGUCGUGUGCUCCGGCGGCCGCGUCGUGGAGGUCCACCUCCCGGGGGUUGGACUCCGCGGCAACGUCCCCGUGGGCGCGCUCGGGGGCCUCGACAAGCUCGCCGUGCUGUCGCUGCGCUACAACGCGCUCUCCGGCCCGCUGCCGUCCGACCUGGCCAAGUGCGCGGAGCUCCGGGUAAUUAAUCUGCAGUCGAAUCACUUCUCCGGCGAGCUCCCCCCGGAGAUUCUGGCUCUCCCGGCGCUGACGCAGCUCAACCUCGCGGAGAACCGCUUUUCCGGGAGGAUUCCGGCGAGCAUUGCCAAGAACGGGAGGCUACAGCUGCUCUACUUGGACGGCAACCUCCUCACCGGCGAGCUGCCGAAUGUCAACAUGCCAUUGCUCACCUCGUUCAACGUCUCCUUCAACAACCUCACAGGCGGGAUACCCAGCGGUCUCAGCGGCAUGCCGGCGACGUCUUUCCUCGGCAUGUCGCUGUGCGGCAAGCCCCUCGCCGCUUGCCGAACGCCGAUUUCCAUCCCACCGUCGCAGGCUCCGGCGCUCUCGCCAGAAGGCGCGGUCUCGGCGGUCGGCCGCGGGAGGGGCGGACGCCGCCUAGCCGGAGGAGCCAUUGCCGGCAUUGUGAUCGGCUGCGCGCUCGGCUUCCUUCUCGUCGCCGGCGUUCUGGUCCUCGCGUGUGGCGCGCUGCAGCGCAAGCCAAGACCGCACCACAGCCGUGACGUCGCGGCGGAGCUCGCCUUGCACAGCAAAGAGGCAAUGAGCCCGAGCGUGUACACGCCGCGCGUCUCGGACGCGCGGCCGCCGCCGCCGCCGGCGGCGGUGGUCCCCGCGAUACAACCGGCCGUCGCCGCCAACGUCGCAGGAAAGAAGAAGCUCUUCUUCUUCGGGAGGGUGCCGCGGCCGUACGACCUCGAGGACCUGCUGCGCGCGUCGGCCGAGGUGCUCGGCAAGGGCACGUACGGGACCACGUACAAGGCCGCGCUCGAGACCGGGCCGGUGGUCGCCGUGAAGCGCCUCAAGGAGACCUCAUUGCCGGAGCGCGAGUUCCGGGACAAGGUCGCGGCGAUCGGCGGGCUGGACCACCCCAACGUCGUGCCACUGCAGGCCUACUACUUCAGCAAGGACGAGAAGCUCAUGGUGUACGAGUUCGUCGCCAUGGGCAGCCUCUCGUCGAUGCUUCACGGAAACCGUGGCUCCGGCCGGUCGCCGCUGCUCUGGGAGUCGAGGAGGCGCAUCGCGCUGGCGUCGGCGCGCGGGCUGGAGUACAUCCACGCGACGGGCUCCAAGGUGGUGCACGGCAACAUCAAGUCGUCGAACGUACUCCUCAGCCGGUCGUCGGUGGACGCGCGCGUGGCGGACCACGGCCUCGCGCACCUCGUCGGCCCGGCGGGCGCGCCGUCCAGCCGGGUGGCGGGGUACCGCGCGCCGGAGGUGGUGGCGGACCCGUGGCGGCUGUCGCAGAAGGCCGACGUGUACAGCUUCGGCGUGCUGCUCCUGGAGCUGCUCACCGGGAAGGCCCCCACGCACGCCGUGCUGCACGACGACGAGGGCGUGGACCUGCCGCGGUGGGCGCGCUCCGUCGUGCGGGAGGAGUGGACGUCCGAGGUGUUCGACACGGAGCUCCUCAGGCACCCCGGCGCCGAGGACGAGAUGGUGGAGAUGCUGCGGCUGGCGAUGGACUGCACCGUGACCGUGCCGGACCAGCGGCCGGCGAUGCCGGAGAUCGUCGUGCGCAUCGAGCAGCUGGGCGGCGCGGGCUCCGCGCGGACCGCCCGGAGCGUGUCGAUGGACGACGCCGACGACCGGCCGCUCAGGCCCGCCGGGUCGACCCGCGAGAGCUGAAGCGUUGAUCACUCAGCAUAGUUGCUCGUUCGGUAACUCUAUGAAAGGUCCUGAAUUUUUUUUUCCUUCAUUUCAUUUUUUUUGGCUGCGUCCUUGUGUUUGUCUUAGGAAAUUACUUACGGUGUGAUGUUAAUUCUUUGAAGUUUCAUGAAUUUCUUGAUACUUCUUUCAUCGGAUUUCAAUCGUCCGGUUAGCUGCGUGUGUGUGUGUCUUGAGAUGAGAUGUUGGUGAUAGGAGAAGCACACUGGUGCAAUAUGUAAUUACCACUACAUGGUUGAUGUCACUAUUGACAAAUGAGAAAUUACUCCCCCUUCGAGGUUU